UAGCAAAUCCCUUCUCAACUCUUCAUCAGUGCAUUGCAACUGACAUCAGGAUGGACCAUGAUCGAGGGGGCGGCAACAGUCGUUACCGUUAUGAAGAGGAAGAGGAUCAUCAGUCUGUCUACAUUGGUGUGCCGGUGCCCCGCGGUUACCGUCGCAAACGCAGACGGAGACGUUCGUCCAUGUCAAGUCGUGAUGCAGAUGUAGAGCGAGGACUCCGUCAUGACCAUCACGAACACUAUGAUUGCAAUGAGAGAGACCGCUAUGAUCUCGAGGCGGGAGGCCUGGAUCAACCAGAACACAGCCUGCCACAAGACAUAAACAGAAACAUGUCCCCGGCAGCAGAGCGUUUGCGAUACAUACUAGGUGAUGAUGAGGAGUCCAUGCCCACCCCCACUCUCUUCACUGAGAUGGACACGCUACAACAUGAGGGAGAUGAGCUGGAGUGGAGAGAAUCGGCUAGGUGGGUGAAGUUUGAAGAGAAGGUUGAGGAGGGAGGUGAGAGAUGGAGCAAACCCCACGUUUCCACGCUCUCUCUACACAGCCUGUUUGAACUACGUACAUGUAUACAAACAGGAACUGUGCUGCUAGAUCUGGACGGUUACUCACUACCACAGAUAGUUGAUGACAUCAUUGAGCGUCAGAUAGAGGAAGGGUUAAUUGGUCCUGAACUGAGAGAUCAAAUCAGCUUCGUCUUGCUGAGAAAACACAGACACCAGACAAAGAAGCCUAUCCAUCGCUCCUUUGCAGACUUGGGAAAGUCCGGCUCUGGAGGCACUCGGAGUACAGCGCAAACCCCGGCCGCUGGUGCGAACUUCAACCGCUCGACGGAAGAUCUGCGUAGCAAACAAGCAGCCAACUAUGGCCGGCUACGCCAUGCACAAAGCAGGAGUAUGAAUGACAUUGCAGACACCCCAAGCACAGACCAGUUGAAGAACAAAUUCAUGAAGAAAAUCCCGAGAGAUGCAGAGGCGUCUAAUGUUCUGGUGGGAGAAGUGGACUUCUUAGACAAACCCUUCGUGGCUUUCAUUCGCCUGGCUCAGGCCACAACUCUUGGGGGACUGACCGAAGUCCCAGUACCCACCAGAUUCUUGUUUGUGCUUCUUGGGCCUCCUGGUAAAGCCAAGUCUUACAAUGAGAUUGGACGUGCCAUUGCCACGCUCAUGGUGGAUGAUCUCUUCAGUGAUGUAGCAUAUAAAGCCAGGGACCGGGAAGAUCUGAUUGCAGGCAUUGAUGAGUUCCUGGAUGAGGUGAUUGUACUUCCACCUGGUGAAUGGGAUCCCAAAAUUCGCAUAGAACCUCCCAAAAAAACUCCCUCUGCUGACAAAAGAAAGUCUGUGUUUUCGCUCAAUGAGUUGGGCCAAACGAAUGGAACGGCAGGCGGUGGAGGACCCGUUGGUGAGGAUGAGGAGAUGCCUGUUCCACACGAGCUUGGAGAAGAGCUGGCGUAUACUGGGAGGUUCUGCGGCGGCCUUUUCCUUGACAUCAAGAGGAAGCUUCCCUGGUACCCGAGUGACUUCUAUGAAGGCUUCCACCUCCAGUCCAUCUCUGCAGUGCUCUUCAUCUACCUGGGCUGCAUAACCAAUGCGAUAACCUUCGGGGGCCUUCUAGGGGAUGCCACGGACAACUACCAGGGAGUGAUGGAGAGUUUUUUGGGCACUGCUUUGGCAGGAACCGUCUUCUGUUUGUUCAGUGGUCAGCCUCUCAUUAUUCUCAGCUCAACAGGCCCCAUCCUCAUCUUUGAGAAGCUGCUUUAUGAAUUCAGCAAAAAUAAUGGGAUUGAUUACAUGGAGCUUCGGCUGUGGAUCGGCAUGCACUCUUGUGUUCAGUGUUUACUGCUGGUUGCCACAGAUGCAAGUUACAUCAUAAAAUACAUGACCCGCUUUACGGAGGAAGGUUUCUCUAGCCUCAUCUCUUUUAUCUUCAUCUCUGAUGCUAUCAAGAAGAUGGCAGGAGCUUUCAAAUAUUAUCCCAUCAACACCGACUUCAAACCGGAUUACGUUACUGCUUACAAAUGCGAGUGUGUGGCUCCAGACCCGAUCCCAGCGCCAGAUAAUAGCUCUGCUCUCUUUGGUUUAAAUAUAACAGCUCUGGACUGGACUCAGUUGAGCAAAAAGGAGUGUGUGAAAUAUGGUGGCUCUCUGGUAGGGAAAACCUGCAAAUUCGUCCCAGAUCUCGCUCUCAUGUCCUUCAUUUUGUUCUUCGGGACGUACUCCAUGACAGUCACGCUGAAGAAGUUUAAGUUUAGCCGCUACUUUCCCACAAAGCUGAGAAAGUUGAUUAGUGACUUCUCCAUCUUCAUGUCCAUCAUGACGUUUGUGGGCUUGGAUAUGCUUGUUGGUCUAAAAACACCCAAACUCAUUGUGCCCACAGAGUUUAAGCCCACUCGUCCUGACCGGGGUUGGUUCGUGAUACCCUUCGGAAAGAAUCCCUGGUGGGUUUAUCUGGGAAGCUUUGUUCCUGCUCUCCUCGUCACCAUCCUCAUCUUCAUGGAUCAGCAGAUCAGCGCUGUCAUCGUCAACCGCAAGGAAAACAAGCUGAAGAAAGGAUGUGGGUAUCAUUUGGACCUGAUAUGGGUGGGCAUUUUGAUGGCAGCCUGCUCUUUUUUGGGUCUGCCGUGGUAUGUGGCUGCCACUGUCAUCUCAAUCGCCCACAUCGAUUCACUAAAGAUGGAAAGUGAAUCCAGUGCUCCUGGAGAGCAGCCGCAGUUUCUGGGUGUGAGAGAGCAGAGAUUGACAGGAAUCCUGGUCUUUGUGCUGACAGGAGUGUCUAUCUUCCUCGCCCCCAUCCUGCAGUUCAUUCCUAUGCCGGUCUUGUAUGGAGUCUUCCUCUACAUGGGUGUUGCCUCUCUCGGCGGCAUCCAGUUCUGGGACAGGAUUAAACUGAUCAUGAUGCCGGCGAAGCACCAGCCAGACUUUGCUUACCUGCGUCACGUACCGCUGAGGAGGGUCCACCUGUUUACAUUGGUGCAGAUUGUGUGUUUAGCUGUGCUCUGGACCCUUAAAUCCACAUUCCUGGCUAUUAUCUUCCCUAUCAUGAUUCUUGGUCUCAUGGUGGUGCGUAAGAUGUUGGACAUGGUUUUCUCUCAGCACGAUCUGGCAUGGGUGGAUGAUAUACUACCCGAGAAAGAAAAGAAGAAAAAGGACGAUGAAAAGAAGAACAAGAAGGACAAAAAGAAACCCAAAGGAGGGGACGACAGUGAAGAUGAUGACAAGUAUCACCAGUAUACAAACUGCUCCCCCGGUGAUUCGGACAUGGAUCGCAGCAUCACUCUACACUUGAAGAUCUCCUGUCCGUCAUCCCCGGCGAUGCCAGUGGCCAGAGGGAUGACUUGCACCGUGCCCCAGGUGAAGAUUGAGAUGGAAUCGGACUAUGACGACACAGAUAUGAACCCUAGAGGCAGACACAGGGAACACAGGGAACACAGGGACAUGAGCAGUGAAACGACGCUAUAAUGAAAAAGAUGAAGAUUGUCAGUUCUUCUGGAACUUUGAGCAAUGUGGAAUGUGAUGCAUCCUGUCUCAGCUUUAUUCAAGCUCCCAUGUUGCCAAAACACAAGUUCAUUCAACUUAUGAGGAUAAAAUGUGGAUCAGACAUCACUUUAAGAUGCAUCAGUGGAAACUAUAAUGUUGUGAUGCGGAAGGGUAAAGGCUAGGCCGAAAUGUAUGAUGUAUGCUACACAAGUGUCAAUUCAAUAUAACAGAUGUUAUUGUAAAACCAUGCAAGAGAAAAAUGUGACGGAAGAAAGAUUAUUUUCGUAAUACAAAUGUGAAUUUUGUUUAGAAUAAUAUACUGUAGAUAUUGAAUGUUUCUUGCACUUUGUAGUUAAUAAUUCAUUACAUUUAUAUAGCGCUUUUCUGCCUGGGCACUCAAAGCGCUUUUACAUGGAAAGGGGGAAUCUCCUCAACCACCACCAAGUUCUAAAACUAUUCAAGAUACCAAAAAUAUCUUGAAAUGAUGAAUAUUGUUUAUACCUGUGGGUCCAUUAGUGUUGUCUUUCAGUGUUGAAACAGUCAGCUUUUCCUUCCUUUCCCUUUCUUUUCCUGCUUUUGACACUCAAAACUCAAAGUUGGGGAAAAGAAACAACCAAAAAAUUUGCUUUGAAAUAACAAAUGAAAGCCUUGAUUUUUCUUUAGUUUAAGAAUGCUUAUGUAAAAGUGAAAUGUCUGGUUUUUUUGUGCUGUGUGGGCAUAUAUUGACACUUGCAGGGUUGUUAAUGGAAAAAUUUGAGAAAAAGAGUUUUGAGAUGCACUAAUUCCAUCACCUGACAGGUUGAAUUCUGGUUAUGGAAAUUCGAUGGACGAUAUUUAUUUAUUUAACUUUCCAUGUACAUAUGCUGUAUACCUUAGGUUGUGUA